AAAUCACUCUCUUAUAAAUCUAUCUUUUCUUGUUUCCUGUUCCUCCGCCUUUCUUUUCUCUCUUUUCCAGUCAUCUGUAGCUCCAUACCAAGAACCGUCUACAGCGCUAUAUAUGUCUGGAGCAUCUCCUUCCUCCUUGGAGCCUCAGAGCCACCUUGACCUUCCAACAGGGAGCACACGGCCUCGCACUCGGAGCAACAACAUUGACCAUACCCAGCCCCAGUCUCCGCAGCGCCUACUCCAUCCAAUACAGACACAGCCACAGCAGCUGCAGUGUGAGCAACAACCAAACAGCAGCCCGGAGCUCCAAGUUGUCUCGCCAUCCACGGCUGCACUUGAUCAGAUCUUGCUAGACCUGUCGCAACAGCAUCACACUCAUUCAAAUCAAGGUUUCUCAUCCACAACAUCCCUGGGCGACACAACACAUGGAACACAAUCCUCAAGCGAUUCAGCUUCAAGCGAUUCAGCUUCAAGCGAUUCAGCUUCAAGCGAUGCACGUCUAUAUUCCAUGAAACAAGACGCACUUCUGGCUAUGGCCAGAAACAGUAGCAGCAAUACUAGCACGCCGUCACAUACAAGGAUCGUCUUUCCUUCGAGCGCCAGAGCAGAAUACUUCACUAUCCCAAACAGCCCAGGGACCGUCCACUAUUCAAGUAGUAGUAUCUACGGCAAUGGAGGGACCAACUCUACAGGAAGUCAAACCAGUCUAGCUCCUUCUAAUGGUAGCCUCAGUACACACAUUGGCAGCAGCCCAUUGCAGUAUCGACCUCACACCCCGCUAAAAUCGUCUUUCUCGCCUUCGAUCUCCUCGGACCAUCCUUCGGACACUGUAAUGAUAUCUCCUUCUGCAUCAUCAAACGCUCAUGGAGAGACAGGAGCAUCAAUCGCAAAAUCUGCUUCAGAAAACUCAUUUGAAACAAAUACGGGCGCACAAACACCGGCACUUUUCAAGUCCCUUUCAACCAAGAAGACUGGGCGAAACCCAUACAUGAGCAACGAAAAACAGUUGGGGCCUCUGCCGACAAUAAACCGUCAGAGCGGACUAGGACGGCGUAAGUCUCUUUUUAUUUAGUUCACAACAAACGGAUCCUAUCCCUAGGAGGUGCUACUUCAGCUUGCUCGACGCUCGUGGGAAUUCGGAUGGAAGGUCGAAAUAGUGCGACAAUGAGCCACGUAUGAUAAUGAAUGAUAUUGAUCUACUUAGUCUCAAUGGGGGAGAAGGCUUCCGAUAAUGAAAGAGAGCAGCUUUUUAACAUACAUGCAAUCAACCCUCAGUUCUCAUAAAAUCCCCAUUAUUGGAUCCAGAGUAUCUAGACGACAUUAACCAUUACACUACUAACAUAUCGUUGUGGGUCCAUUCAAACAUAACGAAUGCGGACUAAUAUCGCAAAUUAUAGCAUCAUGAACUCACCCUCUAAUUGCAUCACUGCCGUAUUUGUUUUGGACAUUCAAUA